AUGGCUGGCCCCUUUGAGACGCAGCUCCACUAUGCCCGCCAUAUCAAGUUCUGGAGGCGCAACUUGAAGACGCUGCUGCCCCAUUUCUACACCAGCAACGAUGCCAACCGCAUGCUGCUGGCCCUCUUCACUGUCUCUGCACUCGAUAUUCUCGGCGAUCUAGACGCUGCUUUGUCGCCCGAGGAGCGCCAAGGACACAUUGAAUGGGUCUACGGUUGCCAACUCCCGACUGGUGGUUUCCGCCCAUGGCCAGGGUCCAACUUUGGCCAUCUGAGAAACGAGUCGAACCAAGAGUGGGAUCCGGCUCAUGUGCCGGGCACCUUCUUUGCUCUCCUUACCCUGAUUGUACUUGGGGAUGACUUGGAGCGUGUCAAGAGGAGGGAAAUUCUGGAAUGGCUGGUCAAGAUGCAGCGACCCGAGGGCAGCUUCGGGGAGACUCUGGCCAAGGAUGGCUUUGUGCAUGGUGGUCAUGAUUCACGAUUUGGAUACAUGGCCACGGUCAUCCGGUGGAUUCUGCGGGGCGACCUUCAAGGUCCAUGCCAAGGUGUGCCCGACAUCGACGUUGACAAGUUCGUAACCUGUGUGCGUGACUCAGAAUGCUACGAUGGUGGCAUUUCCGAAGCUCCUUACUCGGAAGCACACGCUGGCUUCACGUGCUGUGCCAUCGCUGCUCUCGCCUUCUUGGAUCGCCUGCCAUUGCCACCAUCACAGGAGCCAGAUGGCGUUAUCCGAGGCGUCACCAAUGUUCCCAAAACACUUCACUGGCUCGUCUCACGUCAAACCAUCACCCUGGACGAAGACGAUGGGCUAGAUACUCUGAAUGACGAGACAGAUACGCCGGAAACGUGUCAUGACGCACACUCGUUUGUCAAGCUAGGAGCAUAUCCAUCCACCCAGGCCAAAACAAACAAGCUGGGACGACCACCAGCUCACUUCGAGCUCCAGUGGGUGGGUAUGAACGGCCGGUGCAACAAAGUAGCCGAUACGUGCUAUGCAUACUGGACCUGUGUGCCGCUACAAAUUCUAGGUCAUCUCGACAUUGUAGAUCGAGCGCCGAUUAGAAAAUGGCUGCUCGAUAAGACGCAGCACAUGGUGGGUGGCUUCGGCAAGGUAACAGGCGAUCCUCCAGACCUAUACCACUCAUUCUUGGGUCUCAUGGUGAUUGCCAUGUUUGGUGAGCCUGGACUCCAGGAUGUUGAUAGUGCAUUGUGCAUCACCAAUAAAGCGAAGAGGCAUUUAGAAUCGUUGCCAUGGAGGAGAAAGAUCUUGGGUGACGACAGAGUCAGGACUUAG